GGUUGUGUGUGGGGGGUGUGUGUGUGUGGAAGAGAGCGUGAGUACGCAGGCGUGGUCUUUCUGGUACUGGGCGGCGGUGGAGCAGGGAGUGAUUGAGAGAAAGUGAGACCAUGGCAGUUAACGUUUUGGCAGAGGAAAAAAUCUGGUUCGAUAAAUACAAGUAUGAUGAUGCAGAGACGCAGUAUUACAUUCACCUCAACACCCCGGUCGCCACCAAAAUACAGAACCCACCAGCCAUGCAGGAGAACGGAGCGAGUAACAUCCUUCGAGACAUUGCCAGAGCCAGGGAGAAUAUCCAGAAGUCACUGGCCGGAAUCCAAUCCAUUUGGGAGGCCAACCCCAAUCCCAAAGAAACUGUCUUGGAUAACGUCGACCCCAUCUCGAACCACAAUGUCUUGCUUGUAAAUCAUCAGAAAAGCGCUGUGCAAGGUUCAGAUAUCGAGCUGUGCGCCCGGGUCACCAGCCUAGAGAAGGAGAAUCAGAAUUUACACCAGGUGGUGGAAGACCUGCGGUUGGCUCUGUCAAAGCUAGAGGCUCGCCUGUCAACAUUGGAGAAAUCCUCGACCAGCACCAAGCCUGCAGUCUGCCCACCAGCCCCGCACAGCAAGCCCAACACAAAGCAGCCUGAGGCAGAGGAGGUUGAUGACGAUGACAUUGAUCUUUUUGGAAGCAGUGAUGAGGAAGAGAGUGCAGAGAAGGAGAGGGUUCGUGAGGAACGAUUACGUCAAUAUGCAGAGAAGAAAUCCAAGAAACCUGCCCUUAUCGCCAAGUCCUCUAUCCUUCUGGACGUGAAACCGUGGGACGAUGAGACGGACAUGGUGAAGCUGGAGGAGAGCGUGCGCACGGUACAGAUGGACGGCUUGGUGUGGGGAGCCUCCAAGCUGGUACCAGUUGGAUACGGGAUCAAAAAACUGCAGAUUCAGUGCGUGGUGGAAGAUGAUAAGGUUGGCACAGAUCAGCUGGAGGAAGAAAUCACCAAGUUUGAGGAUUACGUGCAAAGCGUAGAUGUUGCUGCUUUUAACAAGAUCUAAAGACUGCUGAAUCUUUCCAGAGUUUGAGGAAUAAAGAAGGGAUUGAAUCAUC